GAUUCCAACCCCAUUAAAGUUACUAGGAUUUAAGACGUUUGAGGCGGAUAAUGGACGGUUACAGAAUGAAAACACGGAAUUGACUUUGAUUAGGCCUACUUACUCAGACGGUUCUGUAAGGCAUUAUGAAAGUUUAAAGUUUAAAUUAUAGGUUAUCUUAAGUGAAGUAUACAUUGGUGUUUCCACACUACAGUUUGCCAAACGUUUAUUUUUAUAAAAUCGUUUAUAUAUUGAGGAAACAACGUAAUGCGAUUGAUUUUGCGUUCAAAAUGAGUUGUGUUUGUGAAGUUCUAUCGUGUAAUUCAACUUACGAACCAGGUAGAACAUAUCACAGGUUUCCGAUUGAUCCUACGAGGCGCAAGGAGUGGCUUAAAAUAUUGGGUAUUAAAGCAAAGGACUUGAAAACUGUUUCCGCUGUCUGUUCAAGACACUUUCGCUCCAAAGAUUAUGAAUAUAAUAAGAGGUUAUUUCCUGACGCUGUUCCUUGUUUAAGGCUAAACAUUGUCACAAAGAGAGUUCAAUCAAGUAAAAGUAAGCAUCUUAAAGUCAAUAUGGCAUCAAAACCAUCAUUCAAAAAACAAAAUUCAAAAUUUUCAACCAAAAUGAAGAAGAGCUCAAAAUAUGUGAAACUGGAAUCACUUACAAAUAAUGAAAAACGACCAUGUAUCGAUAGUAAAUCAAGUAGAAAGGACUUUGAUGAACAUGAUGUGAAUAAUCUAUCAAAAAUUACAAAAUGUUUAACUCCACAAGGUCAGUUAGAGGAAGGUAAAUUAAAUAUUUCAUCAGAGAACCACAAUCAAGAAUCCUUCCCUAAAGAAAUAAUGUUGUCAAACACAGUAGAAAAUAUAUCAGAAUCCAAACUAAAUACAAGGCGAUCGCUACAACUUAAUAGGUUUCAUGCAGGAACAAAAGAAAAUAUAUCAACAGGCUGUCUGUAUGGACUUUCCCCAAUUAAUAGAAAUCAAUUGUCAAAAUAUAAAUAUUGUUGUGCUGAAAAUGUAGUUAAAACAUCUACACCAAUUCACUCAUCAGAAUCGAGUAAAAAUCCUCAUAAGAGGUCUCUGGAACACUCUUGCCCUGAAAGUGUUAAAAAAAGAAAAGCCACAAAACAAAACAUUUUAUCUCGCAGUAAAAAUUCAAAAUCAACUUCUCAAAAGAAUAAUUCCGUAGCCCGUUUGAGAAUCGCUACAGAGGAUAACAUUAGCAACUCUAAACUGAGUUGUAGUAUAAUUCGCAUUGAAAAAACAAUUGCGGAAAUGCAAAACAGAAUUAGACAUUUAGAACAAAAAUCGAUUUUAGAUCAGAAGAAAAUUGAAACUUUUAAGAAUGCUCUAAUAGAACAACGAAGAAAUGAUAUCAAAACCUUGAUGGAUGAGAAAGAGAAUGAGUUGCUGUUGCGAAUGGAUCUUUUGUACAUGGACUACGACCCAAAGAGAAUUUGCCGGCUCUGCCUCGUACUUGUUGAUAAAAAAGAGUCACUAACUUCGCUGGAUUCUCAUCCAAAAAAUCAAGCUCUCAUCUCACUUAUAAGGAGUGCAACCAACAUUCAGAUCGAGCUCGAGGAUGGCCUACCAUCAGGUAUCUGCAGCGAGUGUCUACAUCAGAUAAAGAGGAUAGACUGGAUACAACGUAAAACUCGCAAGUCAAACACACUGAUUAAAAAAUUUGUAAUGAUGAGAAAGAACUUGAAUGAAAACUGCAGCACUGGAUCAUCUUCAAUGAACACAUUGGGAACUGAGAAACUGCUUCUCAGCGAUAAUCUCUUUGAUGAAAUUGAAGAAGAGGAAGGAACAGAUGUGUUCAAAAUUGAAGAUGUCUUCUCUCUGGAGAGUUCUACUGAUACAAUACCAUUUGAUGAGACGACAAUCAAGCAAGAGGUGUUAUCUGAUGAGGAGGAAGCCAAAGAGGAUUUCAUGAGCCAUCUGUCUUCUGUUGAACCGGUCAUUCCAGUCAGGAGAAAGCGGAUAUGUAGACAAUGUCAGACUAAGUUCACAAACAGCUGGACAUGGAUCAAACAUUUUAAAUAUUGUAACGGAACAUUCCAGUGUUCAGAGUGCAAUAAACGGUUCUGGAACGCUCGGUUGUUUCGGAUCCACAAGGUGAGACGACAGUCGUGUGUGUGUGAUGAGAGCCUAAGGUACUGCUACGAUUGCCAGAUAGUGUUCCGCUGGAAGUGGGAGCUUGUAUUCCAUGUUUUCCGACAUGGGUUGGAACCUUGUGGAUGUGUAACUGGUGAAUGUUGGGUCCUGACGAAAAUUGAAUAACCAUGUUCCGCGUAUGCACUCCGAGCAGUAAUUUCCAGUUACACAUGGUAUGGACCUUUCAGAAAACAAUAUAUUAGAAAUCUGUUUAACUAUUCUUUUUUUCCUGGUUUGUAAUCAGAAAUGGUUUAGUUCACUGUGCAUCUAAAAUAUUUUUGACUAAAUUAUUGAAAUAUGUAUACCUUAUGUUAGAGCAUAACCUGUGAUCAACUGGGACACAUUUCUUUAUUUUUAGACAUCCACAGAAUUUUUAAUCACGGAGUAUUAGUUACUAUUAUUUAGGGAUUUUGAGACAGGUCUAAUGCAAAUAGGCCAGACCCAGUUUACUCAAACAUGUUGACCAUGAAGAGUUUUAUCCUUCUUCUCCACUUUGGGCACUAAUUUUAGUUACCUUGUUUUGAUUGGCUUAAGAUUUUUACCAUUAACUUCAAGAUAAGUUAGUUAGUAUGAUUACUUAUUAUUCGUGUUCUUUACAGUUCUCGUGGUUUAAGCCAUUGAGGCAGUAGUUAUAUGUGCCUCUGCAGGCCUAGUAGCAUUAAUUAAUUUAGGUGCAAAUGUAAGUGUUUAGUUAUAACGUAUUAACUUUUUUUAAAUUUA